CUUACCAACUCUUUCUUUUGCUUCCGACACAAAACUAAAAGCAACCCACACCCACUCCUUUCUCUUGGGACUGAAAAUGACUACAUAAUCUCUAGACACUUCAUGCGGUCUUGCUCUGAAACUGAAGAAAUAAAAUUUCUCUCCUCCCAUAUGUUAGCAGCAUCACUGGUUUCCUCACCUUAUAAAAUGACCAGUGUAAAAGAUUUAGCUGAAUCUCCCGGCCUCUCCUCUAUUCCGUCAGCUUACACUUUCCGAAAAAAUCAAAAUGAUCAACAAUCAUCAAUUUCAGACCCUGAACCGGAUGAUUCAAUUCCCAUCAUUGAUUUCUCUUUGCUUAUCUCUUCGUGUCCAGAGCAACGGUACAAGAUUAUCCACGACCUUGGCAAAGCCUGCCAAGAAUGGGGCUUCUUCAUGGUGAUAAAUCACGGUGUGCCAGAGAGUUUAAUUAAGUCAAUGAUGGAUACAUGCAAAAGAUUUUUCGAUCUUACUGAGGAGGAGAAGCGAGAGUUUGAAGGAAAAGCUGUGUUAGAUCCUAUAAGAUAUGGGACUAGUUUCAAUGCUUCGGUUGAUAAGGUCUUAUUUUGGAGGGAUUUUCUCAAGGUCUUCGUGCAUCCUCAGUUUCACUCACCCGCCAAACCCUCUGAAUUCAGAGAGAUUGCCAUGGAGUAUUGCAGAAGAACCCGAGAGGUGGCGAGGGAAUUGCUUAGAGGAAUAUCAGAGAGCUUGGGCCUAGAUGCCAGCUACAUCGACAAGACUCUAAAUCUGGAUUCAGGUUUGCAAAUCCUGGUAGCAAACUUCUAUCCACCAUGUCCACAGCCUGAUCUUGCAAUGGGCAUGCCCCCUCAUUCUGACCAUGGGCUCCUCACUCUCCUAAUACAAAAUGAAAAUGGUGGUCUUCAAUUGCAACAUAAUGGCAAGUGGGUCAAUGUCAAUGCCUCUUCUAACUCAUUCAUGGUCAACACUGCUGAUCAUAUCGAGAUUCUAAGUAAUGGGAAGUACAAAAGUAUUGUCCAUCGAGCGGUUGUGAACAACAUAAGAACAAGGAUAUCUUUAGCUAUGGCUCAUGGACCAUCACUUGACGCAAUCGUCAGCCCAGCACAAGAGUUGAUGGACAGAGAAAAUCAGGUUCCAGGUUACGUUGGAAUAAAGUAUAAGAAGUAUCUGGAACUUCAACAAAGCAAUCAACUUGAUAAUAAAUCUUGUUUAGAUCGAGCUCGGAUUUGAAUAGGCUGGAAUACUAGUAUAGUUGCUGGUUGUUUAUCUAUUCAAAAAUGUAUUGAAAGACCAUAUAAGUUGAGUUCAAGUACAUUGGAAUAUUAUGUAUAUAUUAGUCACGCUAUUGUAAAAUAAAUAAUUUACUUAAAUAAAAUGACACACAAAU